CCCCGGCAGCUUCCACGACCCGGCUGGGGCUAUGGCCGGGAGUGGGCGGCGGGCGUUGCGGACGCUGCCGGUGCCCGCCUGGGUGCGGGGCUCGGGCUCGACCGUGCUGAGCCGCCUGCGCGACGCAGCCGUGGUGCGGCCGGGCUUCCUGAGCGCGGCCGAGGAGGAGACGCUGAGUCGCGAGCUGGAGCCCGAGCUGCGCCGGCGCCGCUACGAAUACGAUCACUGGGACGCGGCCAUCCACGGCUUUCGAGAGACAGAGAAGUCGCGCUGGUCACAGGCAAGCCGGGCCAUCCUGCAGCGCGUGCAGGCGGCCGCCUUUGGUCCUGGCCAGACCCUGCUGUCCCCAGUGCACGUGCUGGACCUGGAACCUCGGGGCUACAUCAAGCCCCACGUGGACAGCAUCAAGUUCUGCGGAGACACCAUAGCCGGUCUGUCCCUGCUGUCCCCCAGCGUCAUGCGGCUGGUGCACACCCAGGAGCCCGGGGAGUGGCUGGAACUCUUACUGGAGCCAGGCUCCCUGUACAUCCUUAGGGGCUCAGCCCGUUAUGACUUCUCCCACGAGAUCCUUCGGGAUGAGGAGUCCUUUUUUGGGGAGCAUCGGGUUCCUCGGGGACGACGCAUCUCAGUGAUCUGCCGCUCCCUCCCUGAGGCCAGAGGGCCCAGUACGCCCAGCACCUGCUCCCAGCCAACAGAACCCCACAUCCUCCCCUAGCUUCUCAGACACAAGCUUAUGAAUAAAGUGGAGAAUGGACA